AGUAUAUAAGGCUAGCGUAUUAACAGCAAUAUUACAGUCAACAUUCAACAACUAGAACUUCUUCAUCAUCUAUAACAAUUCAGCUUCAAGAUGUCUUACAGAACUUCGAUCAUCGAUUCCGGAUCAGAGAACGAAUUUGAGUCCCUGGACACAAAAAUGAAGCCUUCUACUUCAAAGCAGGUUAAAACAUCGUUAAAAAGAGGGGCUGAAAAAACAGUAGACAAAAAAAACAAAAAAAAACAGAUGAAAACAAGUUCAUCAUACAGAGAAAUUCUCGAAGAGAAAUUGCGGGCGGAAGAAUUUGAUGAAGAGAUUUUUAAUUCUGUCACUUUUCGUCAGGGAGAUGGUUUGGCUACCAUCAAAAGCCAAUUUAAUCCUGACGAAAAGCCAACGGAUUAUUGGACGAUAACACAUUACAAGUGUGCGAAUAUACACAACGUCCCAACAAAGGAAAGGUAA